AUGUCUUUUAUUGCUUCCUUAUUCCAAAGAAACUCUAUCUACGUCGCAACCAUUUUCGGAGGUGCUUUCGCCUUCCAAGGUUUCUUUGACGUUGCCGUUACCAAGUGGUACGAAAACCAUAACAAGGGUAAGUUGUGGCACGACGUUAAGGGUAAGUUCCUCGAUGGUGGAGAUGAAGAUGAAGAUGACGAAUAG